AUGGAGUACGAGGGCGGGAACGGGACGCCGAAAAGGGUCUCAUCGGAUUCUACCACCGUUCUCGCGAACGAGCGGUCGCGGAUCUCGCCAUCGCCCUCACCGCCGCCUCGAGAGGUGUGUAGGGACUUUCUCAAGGGCGCGUGUUUUCGCGAAAGCUGUCGUUAUGCGCACGACGCGGCGGAGGGAGCAGCGCUGCCAACGCAGACGGCGCAGCCGAUUUGUAGGGAUUACCAAAACGGACGCUGCUUCAGAGCGUCCUGUCGAUUCUAUCACGGAACGACCGCAGAACAAGUGACGAUGGGCCUUGGAGUCGGUAACAGAAUGUUCGCGGGAUCGAUGGACAUGUUCGGCGCCAUGGACGACGCGCACGGAAGAACAGCGCAGUUGCACCUCAUGAACCGAACCAUGAACUUGCCUUUCAACAUGAUGAAUCAAGGCGGGCAAAUCGAUGCGUCGAUGCUUUUUGGUGCCGAUACGAAUGCAGCUGGUUUACUUGGAGGUCAGCCUACCCUGGAACAAGCGUUGAUCAUGCAAAAUAUGUUGGCGUCGAACGGCACCGCGCAGUCGAACAGCGCAGCUGUGUUGAAUGCCGUGGCAAUGGCCAAUGAAAUUUUGCGAAGAAACAACGUAACACAGCCGAUGCCCGCGAACCCAAUGAGUGUUCAACAGUUAGCAGCCGCAGCGGCAACGCUCGCGCAGCAACAGGCGAUGGUACAGCAACUCACAAACAGUCAACUUGCUCAAGGGGAAGGGCAAGUGAACUUUGUGGGCAAGGACAGCAACACGCUUGCACCAUCGGCCGAAAUGGCGUUCUCUACAAUGCAAUAUGUUGAUAAUGGCAUGGUGUCUGAGAAUUACAACGCCUCUUGGAGCACGUCCAACAUCGCCACUGCCGCGACGAAUGCUCAAGGAGUGUCCAAGUCAAAUUCAAACGAAGGUAGUGAAUUUGCACUUCCUGACAGCAUUUAUGACUAUUUGAAUGUGCCGCAAUCGUCACAGGGCGGUUCGAACGAUAAUAACGGGUCGAGCACACCGUAUAAUACGUUCAGUAGACCUGUUUGGGCACUUGAGAAUAACUCUGCGAGGUAG